AGAACGAUCGGUAUAAAUAGGGCAGGCCAGCUAGGGGAGAUGGCAUCAAGCCAGGGCAUUGUGCUUCCGUUUAGCAUCUAGAUUCUAGCAAACCUGUCAAGAUGGAAGCCUACACUGCUGGAGCCAAAUUUGAUUGUUUGCUAUUUGACAUGGAUGAUACUCUCUACCCACUGAGCUUAGGAAUCAACUUAGCUUGCCGCAAGAACAUAGAAGACUACAUGCUGAACAAGCUUCAGAUUGAAGAGACCCUUGUUCCCAAGAUGUGCCUAGAUUUGUACAGGGAAUAUGGAACGACAAUGGCUGGUCUGAAGGUCUUGGGUUAUGAUCUCGACUACGAUGAUUUCCACGCUUGUGUUCAUGGCGCAUUGCCAUAUGAAAAACUGAAGCCUGACCCGAUCUUGAGGCAACUGCUGCUUUCACUGCCACAGAGGAAGAUUAUCUUCACCAACUCUGACAAGGCGCAUGCCGCGACGGUUCUGAAGAAGCUUGGGCUGGAGGACUGCUUCGAAGGGAUCAUAUGCUUCGAGACUCUGAACCCGUCAUCUCCUGAAGAACACGUUGAAGAGGAAUCUGACAACACCGACGGAGGCAGCAGCAGCCCUGGUUCUGACAGCUCGGCUUCUCACCACCACAAGAGGAUCCUGUGCAAGCCGUCUCUGGAAUCCAUGGAAGCCGUCAUCGAGAUCGCAAAACUCGACGCCAACAAGACGGUGUUCUUCGAUGACAGCCCACGCAACAUCGCCGCCGGGAAAGCCGCCGGCUUCCACACCGUCAUCGUGGGGAGCUCGGCGGCGGUGGCCGGAGCGGACGUGGCGCUGGAGAGCAUCCACAACAUCAAGGAGGCGCUGCCGGAGCUGUGGGACGCCGGCGAGCACGUCCGGGCCGUCGACCUCCGGUCCGCCGCCGUGGAGGCCACCGUGCUCGCCUGAGCUGUGGCAGCCGACGUCCAUGCAUGUCACGGCAUCCAUGCACGCACGCUCCAUUUUCCUCUCUUGGGCAUCGGUGGAUGGUUUUUUCAUGCCACUUAGUACAGCUUAAUUACUGCAAAUCAAGGGAGUAAAAGGGAGACGGUGAAAAUGAUCCGAUGUGAGGUUUGCUGGUGAUUUGUGUUGUGCAGUUGUGCCUGUGAUUGAAUGGAUCUGUCCUCAUGGAGUAUUGAACUGCUGAUGUGAAUGAAUCAAUAAGAAUGGCCUCAUUUGUGAUUUC